AUGUCAAACUCGACUAAGCCCCAGAUAAAGCAAACGUUCGCCUCGCCAGAGAUCAUACAGGCGAUAUACAGCCAAGAUGUCGAUACUGUGGUGCGCCUUUUAAAGGAACAGCCUGGCCUUGAAAACACGUUUGUGUUGUCAAAGCAGAUAGAGCAUCAGUGGGAGAAACAGCCAGCUUCUGACGAUGUUUAUAUGGCUCAGGAGAUGAUGCUUGACGAGCAGCCGCUUCUCUACUAUGCUGCCACUAUAGAGCGUCUCCAAGCCAAAUACAAGGCAGACCUGCGUGCAGGUGCGGAUGGGUACGUCAAGAAACUCCCGCCAGGGCCAGCAACAGUGACAAGCAUAGCUAUUGUUGAAGCAAUGGUUGAUGCAGGCGCGACAUUUUCCCAAGUGGCUUUGCAAAGCGAGCUCUUUCUAUGGGACAAUUUCUUUCUAUGA